AUGGCGCUGCCCUGCGGGACGCCCGACAUGUUCCAGCCACGCAGUCCUGGAUCUCGGAUGACACCCGACUUCUACCAGGGCGGCAUUAUGUUAAUGUCAUCAGGCUGCGGAUCAAUGUACUACCAACCCUCUCGAGGGCCACGAGAGGGAGGCCGGAUGACGUGUCCUGCAGGGCCGGCUGUAGGGCAAGGGAGUCUCUCAGCUAUGUGCUUCAAGCCUGCCACAGGGGGCACCGGGGUCCCUUCAAGCGACAUAAAUAUAGCCCGGUACGUCACCAUCCGCCUCAAUCAACUCAAGUGGAACGUCCUCUGGGAGCCACACUACAACGUCCAGGGGAAGGUGAUGAAGCCUGGCUUGGUGGUGACGAGGGGAGCCAUGGCCGUCAUCAUCGAUGUCCAGGUCGUCGGCACCGACAUGGAGUUGGCGUUCUUACAUGAGCAGAAGGCUGACAGGUACACAGUCCCGGACCUGCUACAACAAGUCCAGGGAAACCGACAGGAGCCACCGUUGGUCACCACAGUAACCAUGAACUUUAGGGACAUUUGGUCCAAGGACAGUGCGAGGGACCUCCUGUUAUUGGGGCUGACCAAGUCGGACCUCAAACUAAUGACAGUGAGGUGCCUCCAGGGGGGGCCUCCGAUGCUUCUGGGGACACUGCAGAAUGACGACUGCGAUUAA